AUGUCAAAUCCCGCUGUGUUAGCUGCCGCUGCUGCCUCUCAACCCAACAUGAGCGCUGUGAACUCGUCCAAUAACUCGGUGGUCGGAUUGCACUAUAAGAUCGGUAAGAAGAUCGGCGAAGGUUCGUUUGGUGUUCUUUUCGAGGGCUCCAACAUCAUUAAUGGAGUUGCUGUGGCCAUCAAGUUUGAGCCUCGUAAGACCGAGGCCCCCCAGUUGAGAGACGAGUAUAGAACCUAUAAACACUUGCAAGGCUGUGAGGGCAUUCCAAAUGCUUACUAUUUCGGCCAGGAAGGGUUGCAUUCCAUUCUUGUCAUUGAUCUCUUGGGUCCUUCCUUGGAGGACUUGUUUGACUGGUGUGGUCGUCGUUUUUCCGUCAAAACAGUGGUCCAGGUGGCCAUCCAGAUGAUCAACUUGAUCGAAGAAGUGCACCGCCACGACCUCAUCUACAGAGAUAUCAAGCCCGAUAACUUUUUAAUCGGCAGACAGGGCUUCCCAGAUGAAAACAAGGUUCAUCUCAUCGAUUUCGGCAUGGCCAAACAAUACAGAGACCCCAGAACCAAGCAGCACAUUCCUUACAGAGAAAAGAAGUCCUUGAGCGGCACCGCCCGUUACAUGUCUAUCAACACGCAUUUGGGCAGAGAGCAGCUGAGAAGAGAUGACUUGGAGGCUCUUGGUCAUGUUUUCUUCUACUUUUUGCGUGGCCAGUUGCCAUGGCAAGGAUUGAAGGCUCCAACCAACAAACAAAAGUACGAGAAGAUCGGUGACAAGAAGAGAACCACUUCAGCAACGCUCUUGUGCGACGGCUUGCCUCGCCAGUUUGCUGAGUACUUGGACGCCGUGAGAUCAUUGCCCUUUGAGGCUGAUCCCGCCUACGAGGAAUACAGAAUGUUGUUACUUUCCGUGUUGGACGACAUGAAUACUCAUUGCGAUGGCAAUUUCGACUGGAUGAACCUUAACGGAGGUAAGGGUUGGGACGCUUCCAUUAAUAAGAAACCAAACUUGCACGGAUACGGCCACCCUAACCCACCAAACGAACGUGACAGACGUCACCGUGACCAGCGCAGAAACAGACCACAUCACGGCCAGGCCGCUGGCCAGAUUCCAAGUUCUGCCGCCAACAAUAACUUGAGCAAUAACGUUGGUCAAACCGGCCAGCUGCAACAGCAGUUGUCAGCAGCCCAGACACACCAACAAAAAUUGCAACAUCUCAUCAACAGACCAUUGCCACCAAUCAAACAAGAAACGCCUGCCCGUUCGAACAUGGCUAUCAACAUGCAAGGCUCCGAUGUGGCCAACGGUCAAGGCAACUUCAAAAACUCGCAUUCAAACUACGUCAACGGCCAGAAUGGCUACCAGUAUGAGCAACAGCAGCAUGUCUCCGAGGAGGAAAACAAAGGAUUCUGGUCUAAGUUGUGCUGCCACUGA